AUGGCGUCACUCCCCGUGAGGAGCGCUCGUCUAGAAGCUAACCCCGUGUCACCACGGCGACAGCACCGGAUUCCAGGGGACACCAGGAACCCGCCGGCGCGCCGAGUAGACAAAGUUCCCUUGCUCUUCGAUACCGCCAAGCAGAAGAACCUUUCGAAAUCCGUGACAGAGUUCUUCUCCAAGCUCAGACCCAGCAAGCGCCCCGAGCGUGGUAACACCAUCCGACCUCCACCAGACAGUUACGAGGAGCGUCAGUCGGCAGAGCCCAGAUCGCCCAAGCCGACCGCAAGCUGCCGAGCAGAACGGUCAAGCUCCCUUGGCCGCUACGGCCCGGACACAAUCCCGGCGAGCCGCUGGAACACGCCCGUCACACCACCGCGGAGAGCGCAGACCACCACCCUCACCCCCAGCACGCGCGACCUCUUCCUCGCCAAGCGGGCCCUGCGCCGACAGCGGCACACACUAAUCUCUAGCGGCGACUUUCUCGGUGUGACGGGGGCGAACCCGUACACGGGCGAGCCCGACCUGAUCACGCCCCCGACCAGCUCGGACGACGCGGUGGUGACGUCGUCGUCGUCGCCGACUACGGCUACGGCGACGGGGACAGGUACGGGUGCGGGUAUGGGUGCGGAUAUGCCGGAAUGGGAGUUGGGGAACCUCAGAGUCACCCCCAUAGACCUACACAGGCUGGCGGACGAUUGCAGAGGCAGACGGAUACCCACCAGCCGGGUAUUGGAGCUGGACGAUCUGAGGGCGGCAGAGUCAUGGGGAAGCAGCCAACUGUGCAAUCUGGACAGCCUCCGCGACCCGACCGACAUGAUUCCGAAGGCGUGCUCGAUGGGGGUAAGUCAUGGCCUGGGCCAGGCGUUCCAAUCUGUCUGCACACGCACCAUCACCACUACUGGCUUCGGACACAGUCGGCCUCGGCACCGCGCCGUCGCCCAUCUCUUCGACGGGACGCUCGGCGGAUCACACGAAGCUCCUCGGAGUCGGAGAGUUCUGAUGCCCAGAGCGCUCUCACAGUCAACAUCACCCCCGUUGUCGACCGGGAUGUCCGAGAACGUUUAUUCAAACCGGCUGGCUUCCCCAGGCCAGAUGCAACUGAGCGUUUGGUUCAAUCCCAACAGCCCGGGUCCGCGGACGGCGACAUCGACGUUGGACCAGAAGAAGGUAGGAAUCGACCCGUUGAAGGGAAGCCCUAUCCCCCAUCCGCUUCGCAAACCAGGAGCAGACAGCGAUACUACAUCGCCGUCAACCGGCCAAGGGAGAACAGCCCCCGGCCCGGAGAAACACUCGGCAAAGCCCAACCCGAUCGCAGCGGAAACCGAAAACCGCCCAGCACAGCGGGAGCAACCGGACUGGGAGAUGCGCAAAACAAUGCGCAGCCCCUCGGGCAACGGCAGUCCCCAAGACGAAACCGACACCCACAGGUCGUCACACACGUCCACACGCACGUCCACGUCCCCCACGUCCCCCACAACACCAGCCCAACCUCCGUCUCCCGGAACGGCCCGGGCACCAUGGCUAAACCAAGCCGCAGCCGAGACCAUCGCGCGUGGCGCAGCACGGACGGCGUUUGCACAUCACCAGGGAGGCUCGGGAUGGGCACAGCAGACACGGGUGCCGGUAUCGGCGCCGGACCCCGGCCCCCAGCCGCCCCACCGGGCACGGGCACGGGUACAGGCGGCGGGAACGAGAGCCAAGCCCGCGGCCAAGCCCGGGGCGGGAGCGGAGACGGGGUCGGGGCAGGGGUCGGGGCAGGGGAAAGGAACGGGGAAGGGGAAGAGUGAGGGCCGGGGGGGCAAUGAAAAGAAUGGCAAGGAGAUGGGGAAGGAUAAGGACAAGGAGAAAGAGAAAGAUAAGGAGAAGGACAAAGAGAAGGGAAAGGGGAAGGCAAAUACAGCAGAUCCGAACAAGAUCGAGGCCAAGCGUUGGGCGCGGAGUGCCAUGCUGAUGUUGGUGAAAGUGGUGGGAGCGUAUUGGCAAGUGGUGAGUCCCGUGUUUGACGGAGACUCUCAGCUCAGAAAACGAAUUGAUAAGGCCCAGGCGACUCGAGGCGACGCGGUGGUUAUUGUGUAA